CUUUAAGCCAAACGUUAGAGAUAGCAAACCAACUGCCAUGCCAUCAUAUACCGUUAAGUUGCUUAAUUGCCAAUCAUGAUAAACAUUUGUCCUAGUUAGCUAACAUUAACAGUUAUUAUAUCGAUAUUGUUAACAUGUGUCUAGUGUUAGCAUAGUUUUCUGGUGCACCUUGCAUACUUGCUAACAAGUGACAAGUUGAUAUGUCCGUUUAUGGUCUCGCUAUGGACCGGUAAUUAUUAUUUUGGUGCAGAAGUAACGUUAACGCUCAUUUGCCUUGAAUAAGCUGGCAUUACUCCCUGAUUAAUUUGAAAUUCCAAUAAAGCUGAUUAUGAGUCAACAGAACGUCAAGGGUAGACCACUUACAGAUAAAAGAAAUGUGCUAGGUGUUUUUACAAAACACUACAAAUCUCAAAAUAUGACCCUUGUACCUACUAACAAUGCUACUGCUUGCUGCUCGUCUUGUAGUCAUGCAGAUGGACCAGGCCGACCAAUGCACAGUAAUGUAGUGUCUUCCAAGGAGAAACGGCUAAAGACUCGUAAGGAAAGAGACCAUAAAAGGCAGGGAUGUGGUGGGCAAAAACAUAAAUCUCACUCUCGUACUAAGCAGAGCUGCAGAGGAAAGGAGCAAUGUCAAGGAUCCUAUCAACCACAAUCUCACUCGCACAAUUGUGAGAAAUUUGCAAAAGCGUUUGGCCCUAAGGAGCCUUCUUUUAUCACAGAGCGCCGUCUCCUUGGGCACCAAGGCUUGUUCAAUCAUGAAGUGAAGUCAUUUGACAUUGAACGUCUACUGAGUGAAGAAAGGAGAGCAGAAAGAUCAAAAAAGCCAGUGAUCCAUACAAAGAAAAGUCUUUUUUCACCCACUCCAUCUCUCACACAAAAUUCAGGUGAUGAAAAGAAAUGCCCCCCAAGCUGUAAAGAUGAAGUGUCCGGCAAGUGCAGCAGACAGGGAGUUUCACCUGAGACUGAGAGUCAAACAUGUGUACAAAGUUAUGAUAGAGGAGACAGUGAUACAAACAAACAGGGAUCAGGACCCUUGCCUUGCCAGAGAAAAACCGAUGGUAUGGAUCUGUCACCAUCUGAAAGCAAUUCCGUCAUCGUUCUGUCUUCAACUCCCAAAAGCACUGUGUCAAAUAAUGUGCCACAGUCAACUCCAAGGAUUUCAGUGGAAGAGCACAACUCCCCAAAGGUGCAGUGUGCAGGGAGUCCCAUUCAGACAGUGUUUUCUAACACAAAUGCUCAGCAUUCAGAGUGCACACCUACACACAUAAAACCCCCAGUACCUUACCCUAAGGAGCAAAAGCCCAGUAACCCCCCCGAAUCACCUGCAGCUAAAGAUGUUACCAGUGCUAGUCUGGAUCAGACGGGUAAGAGUGGCAUUGAGAGGGCACAGGUGGAGGCAAAAAUAGCCAGGCACCUAAUUAGUGUUGUUGCUGACCGCCUAUGCCAGUCUCUGGAUCGUCCACUAUUGCUGCGCCACCAUCUGUUGGCAGAGAGCAGGGCCACCCUUCUGCAUGUACUGCAGGAAAGGCAUGGAGCUGUGCUCCAGCAGAAUCUGCUGAAGCUACACACAGUGCUAGGUCUUGGACAGAGUCAGGUGGACAGCGGACGUGGCACUGGGGUGCACAAUAAAACCCCGAAGGACAAAUGGACAGCAACCGUUAAUGACGUGCAUGACAGUGACUCAGGGCCAAACACUGGGCCGCAGUCAUGGCUGGGCUCUCAGCAGAGGCCCACCAACAAAAGGAGGAGGAAGCAGAAGUGUCCCCAGAAACGGACGCCACCCAGUCCUUCGCCUCCACAGGGACUUCUCAGUGAAGGCACUGGCCAGAGGAACUCACAGGCUUUGCCUUGGACUCUAAACAUGGGAAACGAGCAACAGGUCCUUAUGGAACCAGCAAAUCCAACCUCUGACCGAUUUUCACUGGGUCUCCAAACAACUGAAACUUUCCCAACUGAUGGUGAUGACACAUUCUCCUCAAAAUGGGGACCCCAUCCUGGACUGCCCCACAGUUGGAACAAGCAAAUUAAUCAGGAAGAGAUCCGUCCCCAAACCAUGAGUGACUCGUAUGAGAAAUGGAGGCAUGACCCAGAUUUGAGCUUUCUCUGCCAAACAGAAAAUCAGGGACAACACCAGCAGUCUUACUCCAGUUACAGAGCCAUGCCACAAGAUGGCGCUCUCAGAGAACCUUGGCACUUGUCAGAGCAUCAUCCGUUUGACUUCCAAAGGCACCCUGCGAGUGCUUGCUUUCCUGACACUGCCCACACUUCUCUGAAGAAGCUCCAGCUCCAACCCUACUACCGCUUUCACAAUCCACUCAACUCAGCCAUCUCAUCCGUCACAUCCUACAGGCCAGAUAUGAACUUUUAUCCCCCUUCAGAGCUUCUGGACAUGGCUUUGUCUCCACGGAAGCCUCCCUCUGCAAGUCCAGAAGGCUGGUCUUACCCUCGGAUGAGGUUAUACUGACCUAAACUAAUCUACCAGAAUUUGAUCAAGAUAGCAAACCCAGUCCCAUCUUUUUGAGGUGUGAAAAUAUGACCUGGACCAGACAUAGUGUCGUAACAAAAAUGAUUGAUCUCACUUCUCUAUAUUUUAGUAUUAUAUGUAAUAAUAAUUAAUAUCAGUCUACCUCCUCAUAAAGACUCAGAUUGUUUUUCACAAAUGUUUUGUUUGUAAACAUUUCAGUUUCUAAAUGUACAAA